CCUUAGAGAAAUUUAAAACAUGGCGUAAAACCCGCCGGGUGUUAAUACCUAGAGCUUGUUAACGAAUAUAUUAUAGAUUGCAUUAAGAGGUAUAAUCUAUUUUUUCCCCGGUGUAUUGUUCCAGUUAGUGUAUUAAUCAGUCCUAUUGACUAAGCCGAUCGUUCGUCUGCGUAGCGUCCUUGGUUACCAGUUCUGGGCUUUAACGCGGCAUUUCGGACUACCGUGGAGUGAAUUGGGGGUUAUUCUGGUCUACAACAUUUCACCAGGAUAAUUGUUCUUCUGGUCCGUUCUAAGCAUGAGUCAAUCAGAAGUGUUCCGACCGACCAAUAGUGAUCUGUUUGCUCGUCCUGGACCUGUUGACGAAGGAUACAUGGCCUCUCUAGAUACCUUCCGAAAAAGGCCCUCCACACAAGGAUCUACAGGAGGGUAUAGAUUUGGACAGCUUAGCCAGAACUCAUUUUUCACGCGACACAACCCACACCCCCAUCGCGUGCGUCAUAUCAAAGGUCUCUUAGAUGUUCCAAUCUGUGCUGUCAAUGAUGAUGGAUAUUUCGCCAGCCCAAAAUACUCUCUCCAGUUCCCACCAAACGCCUUCAACAACAAACAGAUGAGCAACUGGAAAGGGCAAGUUCCAGUAAACGCCAUUAAUGUCAAUUCCCGGCUACACCCCAUCAACACCGUCACUGGUCUACAGUACUUCACUGGCCUCAACAGUUAUCCAUUCCGAGAGAAGGCGGUCCCUAGAGUAGGAAUGGUUCCCGUAACAGAGCAAUGGCGGGAUGAACUCCAUCAGUUAACUAAAGCCAUCGGACUUACCCCCGAAGAACUGGCACCCAAGAAACCUCAACCCCCUGGUCUUCUGGACAGACCAAAAACACAGUAUUCAGAGACAACAGGAAGAAUCAUCCCUCCUCCAUCACGUGCCAUGUCACGUGGUAAGACUGGAUCUAGAAAUGGCAGAGACAAAUACUACGGAAAUCUGCAACAUAUAGCCCCCGAACCAGAUGUAGAAGCAAUGGUAUUGCAGAUGUUGUGUCAGAUUUUACAAACAGAGGACAUUAAUGCUGUCCAAGCCUGGCUCGUUUCAGCUGGUGAAAGAGAGAAGGGAGUAGUGAUGGAUCUGAUAAGGUCAGCCAUGGGAUCCCAGAGCGAAUAUUAUCAGAGAGAGGUUCCUGUCGAGUACGUAGAUGACUCCAACAGAACGAAGCUUCCUCCCAUCAAUGAGACAGGCCAGAUAGUUGGAGGAGGGGAGAAAUCAGACAGACUUACUCUCAAAGACCCCGUCGCUUCUCUUGAUCCAGAGAACGCGGACAUGAGAAUGUUCAGUACAAUACAAGGGCUAGUGUUGAAUGAACCAGGCGUUCCCGGGGAACCAAAUGCGGAGGAAAUGAAAAAGACAGAACAGAAGAUUCCCUCUCCACCACCUAAACAAGCUGAUGACGGAUACCAAGUCAAGCCGCCCGUCACCGACGCAUUUAGAAAACAGCCAAGUCGACCCUCUACCCAAGCUGGUAGAACCGGAAAUGGCGUAAAACCAUCUAACGCAGGCGCAGAGGGUCAAAAGAAAACGGAAAACACUCUUAGGUUUACAAAAUCUGCUGAAGGAAAACGUGAACCAUUAACACAAGUGAACACUCAACAAGAUAACAUGAAUACAUUUUGAAAGUAGAUAGAAUCUAACUUGGCUAAAGAACUAUAACUAUAGUUUCUCUUUAACAUGAUAUGGUUCAGAAAGGCAUUUCAAGAUUUAUUAGAUUAUGGAUUAUGAGAUGCAAAAACAUCUUGAUAUUUUUCUAACAUGCUAUUCUUUCCGGUAUGCCUUUCUUGUGUUGCAUACUUUGUUACGUUUUUCCAAUUUUAAAUUGAAGUUGUUAAUGUGUUUCAAACUUAUGUUAAAUGCUGGAGGAGUUUGCAAUGAAAAAUGAACAGUAUUACUCUUUUGUUGUGUUGAUUUUUCUUGAGUAGACAGGUAACUAUAUUGUAAGUUUUAUCUUUACAUCAUCAAGAAAUCGUUGUAACUCUUGUACAUAACAAAUUACUGAAUAUGUCUGUCGAGUAGCUUGCAAGUUAUUUUAGUAAACCGCCUUAAUUUC